GGCACAUUGGACAUGUUGUGUUGAUGUAAUAAAACAACAAGAAAAUUAAGUUAUGAACCUUUGGAAAAUAAGCAGAAACAAGAUAUUAAAUAAUUAAUUUGUGAUCGUCCAAUAAUCUCUAAUCUUAGUUCAUAAUAAACAAAUGCGGAACGGUGGUGGGUGUGCCGGUGUACUUUUGUGUCUUUGGUGUACAAUGUGUGCAUUUUAGAAAAUAAUUAAUUUUGGUCAUACUAUUUUUCGCUUAACUUCUCAAUUUAAAUGAAAAUGAAGCUAUUACAAUCACUUUUGCUUGUUUUAAUAGCAUCUCAAAGUUUGGCCCUGAAUUGCACCAUCCCAACAAUCAUCAGAGGAGCAUGGUUUUCAUGGGAAAACAAAAAUACUCUCACCGAGCUAGAUGCUACAACAAUGACAGACAAAGGAACUUGCGUUGACAUAAGGGAUAACUUUCAUGUCAACUACACAAUGGUAUUGCAUAGACAAAAUGAAAACUGUUUUAUUUGCGUGAAAAUUUUAGUCAGAACUGUCAACAUAUUAGAGAAAAUGGAAAGUCCUUGUAUAACUUUACCUGAUAAUACUGAACCAACGGUCGAAAGAGUUUGUCAGUCAUUGGACCCUCAUCAACAGCUGAUUACUUUAUUUUCGGAAAACUAUGUACCAGUUAACUGCAGGUCAUCAUUGGAAGGAGUUUGGAAUUUUGCGUAUCAGAAUAGGUUCAAGUUCACAGGAGAAUGUAGAAAUCCCGAUGCCCAAAUAAGAUCGUGUCAAACUGCAGGGUCCCAGUUUCUGAUCACAAAUCAGAAGUUUAAUAUUACCUAUAAAAAAUGUGAAGGAAUGACAGGAACCUUUGAUGGAGUUGUUGAAUACAGCUGUCUUGGCGAUUGGUUCGUUGGGAAGAAUCACUAUUUCGCAGUCGCUAAUACCAAAGAAUCAAGAAAAGAUGAAAAAUACAGAUGUUUCUUGAAAAAUCGAGACGACGAUUUGUAUAUUGGGGUGUCAAUUACUGCUCAGUGUAAUACUCUCAAAACAGUGGAAAAAAGUCCUGAAAGAUUACGUGUAACACCAGUCAAAUCAGAAGUAGUUGAACCAGGAUGCCGCUUACCGCAGAACUUUUCAGGCGAAUGGAUAAAUACUGCAAAUAUCGAUGCUGAUGUCUUUAUAAACGAGACACAUAUCAUAGAAACUUAUUAUCCUGACGAAGGCCGUUAUAGAAGAACAAUUUAUGUAUGCAAAGAACAAAAGGAUACUAGAUAUAUGCUGGCCAGAUUAACUGUAGAUGGAUGUCAAAAGGAUUAUAUUUGUUUUGACUUUGUUCCCCAGCAUCACAAUUUGAUAAGGUACAGAAAGGGUAUAGCAGUGAUCAAGGACGAUUUUAGUACAGUCUGUUCUUGGGUGCAAUUCCAGAACAAAGUUCAGUGGCGUUACGAUUUGUUUUUAAAGAAAAAUCCUGUGCCUAUAAAAUGUCCAGUUGCUGGUAAAUUUAAUUUCACCCAAAAAGGUGAUAUUCCUUUUGAAACUAGGAUUUUGGGAGGUGUCACACUAAGCCCUCGGCCAAAUGUUUAUUGCAAAGAGAAUAUAUCAGAUUUUUCUGUUUGUGACGAUGAACAAAAAGAGGUAGCAAUUGAUGAGAACUAUUGUCUGUCUGUGGAUCAUAAGGGAAAACCUGUAGAUAUUUAUAGUGAUCCUGAUUAUAAGAUGAAAUGCAUAGGAUUUUGGAAAGAGAAUAUUAAAUCCUACCUUAUAACCUAUGAUGAGCUGGAUCCAUUCUCAAAAUACCGCUGCUGGGUUUAUCAGAGAGCAGAUUUGAAUAGGGUUUUGAUGUCACAAGCGAUUGGCCCAUUUUGUGACUUAAAGCAGAACGUAUUUUCAUGGAACUACACAGAGGGUGCCACUGUGGCUAUAGAUAUGGAGGAAUAUGAAAGAGAAAGAGACCAAUGUCCGAUGUAUUUUGAUGACGGCAGCAAUCCUUACCUAGACCCUGAAACCCAAGUCAUCCAAUUUAACUUUGGAUACUUCAAAAGCAGCAGUACGAGACUGGAAAAUUUACUGGCGCUCACUUUAGUUGGAUUCUUCGUUAAUUUGUUGUAGUCCCAAAUUAGUAUACCAAAUCACUUUCUUCUUAACUGAGUGAAUGAUAAAAAUGUAUAAAAAAUCUGAAAUGUGAUGCGUCCAAAUUACCAUAUCUCACAGGCAGUAAGUUUCUUUUAAAGGUAUGUGUCCAUUGUUGCUAUAUUUGUUUCUGUUUUUUCUGAGAAUUAUGAGAUUUGUUACAAACCAUUAUGACUCGCAUUAUGAUCACUAUGUCAAAUAUUUUGGAAACUAUUAAUUGUGGAAGAAACAUUUUUGACUUGCAAUUUUCAACCAUUUCGCUGCUUCACAUGUAUUUUUUGAAUGUUUCUCAUUUCAAUUAGUGAAUGUUGAUGAACAUUAUCAAUAGGUACAUAAAAAACUUAGCACAAAAAACUGCUACAAUUGUCGGAGCUUGAGGUUUGAAAGUAUAAUACAGUAUCCGCCAAAAUAAACAGUACUGAACAUAUAAAUUAUAUCAUUUAUUAAUUUGUAUCAUGCGUAUAUGUUCAAAAAAUGCAUCAUAGCAACGCGAAAAAGCUUCAUAAAGAUUCUAUAAAUCAUUGAUCAUAUUUAUUAAGAGUGGUUGCUGAAAUUUUUCUGAGACUUGUUUCAAACUUGAGCCUUUUUUCCUUCCAAAUCCGUAUGACCGGAAAUAGUGUUCUACCAAGAAAACUGUUUCUUAAGUUGAAAGAUACAUAAUGACGAAGAUUUUAACCUUAACUCAAUGUCAACCUCAUAACUUAAGCCAAGUAAGUGAAACAUGAUAAAUGCAGCUUGCGUGCGCAUUUACUCAGAGCUCUAGAUUUCGGUACUGUUUAUUUUGGCGGAUACCGUAUUUCUUUUAAGUAAGUCCCCCAAGCUUUGACAACAUAUUAUUUUAUCGAUAAAACUAGAAGCAAAGAGUAUUUGAUUUUAUUGAAAUAAUUAGGAUGGGUAAAAAUUUCCAUUGAGGUAUAAUACCCAAACCUUUUAAGUAGGAUUAAAAUUGGAUAAAUUACAUAAUGUUUUUUGAAUUAUAUUUUUAAAUUCAAGUACAUAGUCAGAAAAAGUUUUAGUAUUUUCUAUUAGGUAUGAAUCUCAUCCAUAGUGAAACAUAAUGAAAUACAAAACUUUUGAAGAUUUUUUUUUAAACUCAUCUGCAAAGAUUAAGCAUGCAGGCAACACAACAAACUGGCUUCAGAAAGAGCUAACUGCCCAAACAAUAUGCCUUUCUGGAUAAUUCGCUUCCUCAACAUUCACAAUUUGUAAAUAUUGUAUUUGGAUAAAAAUUGGCUUAAUUAGGUUUGAUUUGAAAUUGAAUUUAAAUGAAAAUUCUACUGAAGCCGUUUAAAAGUUACAUAUGAAUACGUGAGAAAAUUUCAAAAGUGAGCCCAAAUUUUUCUUUCAAAUUUGACUAUUGCUCACUCGAAAACGUGAGAAAAUAAUUGCUCAUAUUUCAUCAUAUCAGCGCUAUGAAAGGAAUUUGAGAAGUUUUUUAUGGAUACAUACCUUAAAUUGGGAAAUUAAUUACAUGUUUAAUGGUAAUGAAAGGAUGGAUAUUUGCCAUAAAAUUACCCAAAUAAUUGCACAAAAAAAAUUGAAUAUUUUAUAGUUAGUUGUCGAGGUUACAAGUUUUAUAAAUACCUAGAUAACUUAUUUGAAAAAAGGUAAUUCGAAUAUAGUUCAUAGAACAAUUUCAAUAUUAUAUUCUAAGUUAUCGAUGUAAGAGGUAAUUUACCAAUAAGCUUAUUUUAAGUUAUAUCUAGGUUUCAUAUACUCUAACUCACUAUAUGUGUCUGCUUAUUAUUUUGGUAUAGCUAUGAGAUUUUUUGUCCUUUCCAUAUUUUUAGUUUAUGUAGGUUAUUUCAACUCUGUGCUGAAUAUUUUUCAUGUUUUGUUUAAACCUCAGACAGACUUCACGGUUACAACUGCCGAGAUUUGCAUAUUAGUUUUAGUAUUUUCUAUUAGGUAUGAAUCUCAUCCAUGAUGAAACAUAAAAUGUGACUGGUUUUAUUAAAUUUAAAAAAUAUUAUACAUAUUUUAUAGGUAAUAUCAACGGUAAUAUUUUUUAAAAUUAACAUGUCUAUAAUAUUUUUUAUUUUUAUUUUAACGGAUUCCGUCCUUAAUUAAUUUGAGUUUGAGUAGGCAGGUCCCUAGGUGAAUCUGAAGUAUGUACUUGAUAUUUAUUGAUAAUAAGUUGGCAACUAGGAUUUGUGAUCACAGUGCCUCAUUCAAAUAUGACAGAUUAAAAUAUAUUAAUUAUAUUAUUGUGAUAUUUCUAUUUUUCGUCUGUAUAACAUUUUUCCAUAUUGUAAUAGUUUCAUGACAUUUAAAGUAAAAUAUUUGUAAAUUUUUAUCUAUUGAGUUUUUU